AUGGAUAUCAGAGCCUUGGGAAAUGAUUCAUUUGUGACCAAAUUUGUCCUGUUGGGUCUAACCAAGACUCCAGUUCUUCAGUCCAUCCUCUUUGUCAUCUUUCUUCUUGCUUAUGUGGCUACCAUUGGUGGCAAUUUCAACAUUGUGGCUGCCAUUUUUAUUGAACCCAAACUCCAUACUCCCAUGUACUUCUUCCUGGGAAACUUAUCUCUGCUGGAUGUUGGAUGUAUCAGUGUCACUGUCCCUGCCAUGUUGCAGCAUUUCAUAUCUAAAGACAAAAGCAUUCCCUAUAGGGCCUGCCUCUCACAGCUUUUCUUCUUCCAUCUUCUGGCUGGGACAGAUUGCUUCCUGCUGACUGUCAUGGCUUAUGACUGCUAUCUGGCCAUCUGCCAACUGCUCACAUAUAGCACCCGCAUGGGUUGGGGAAUCCAGAAAGCCUUGGUCGGCAUAUUAUGUGUUUUUUCCUUCGGUAAUGCAUUGACACAAACUAUUGCCAUAUCUACUCUUAAAUUCUGUGGCCCCAAUGUGAUCAAUCACUUCUAUUGUGACCUUCCCCAGCUCUUCCAGCUCUCUUGCUCCAGCACACAACUAAAUGAGAAGUUGCUCUUUGUAGCAGCAGCAUUCAUGGGUGUGGCCCCCUUAGUCCUUAUCACUGUGUCCUAUGUUCAUGUGGUAGCUGCUGUGCUGAGAAUCCGUUCUGCUGAGGGGAGGAAAAAGGCCUUUUCCACAUGUACCUCCCAUCUCACUGUGGUAGGCAUCUUCUAUGGGACAGGAGUCUUCAGCUACAUGAGGCUGGGUUCAGUGGAGGCUUCAGACAAAGACAAGGGCAUUGGCAUCUUCAACACUGUCAUCAGCCCCAUGCUGAACCCACUCAUCUGCAGCCUUAGGAAUCCUGAUGUUCAGGGUGCUCUAUGGAGGGUACUCACCAGCAGGUUAGCUCCCAAGUGA